AUGUCGUCGCCCGCUCUGCGUCUCCCGCCCCAGCGGGCCUCCCCCCCACCCGAUGCGCCGCCGCGCGACCAGGCGCGCCUCUUCAUCGGCAACCUACCCCCGCGGGCCACGGACGCGGCUCUGACGCGGCUGCUAAGCAAAUUCGGCGCGGCGGGCGGCGUGUCGCGGCACCCCACGCGCGCCUUCGCACACGCCUCGCUCCGCGACGACGCCGCGUUGCAACGUUGCGUCGCCGCACUCAACCGCACCACCUGGUGCGGCGGCGUCAUCACCGUGCAGAGAGCGCGCGAGCACUUUUGGCACAGGCUCUCACGGGAGUGGGAGCAGGGCGCCGACGGCGAGCCCACGUCGCCGGAGGAGGGACAAGGUUCCCCCGCGCAGCCAUUUGAGAACACGGGGAAGGGGAAGCACACUGUCUUUUCGUUCCCAGAUAUCGACGAUGACGACAAUACGCUGCUGGCAGAUGCUGGUGUUCACGUUCACGCCCCGCGACCUGACGAGCAGUCAUGCAGCGACAACCAAGGCUCCACGCCGGGCCCUCCGCCGCGGUUAGCGGCGCCUGGCCCCGUUCCGAAAUCUGCCACGCUGGACUCGACGCUGCAGCUCUUCGGCCUGGUAGAGGCGCCUCUCACGGAAGGAAAUCCCGUUGCCGCUCAAGGUGAAACAGCACGCGCGAGGGAAGAGGGGACGCACUGCGAGCGGCCGGCGAAGCGCGCGCGUAGCAAGCCGAACGAGCAGGAGUUGCAGCGCGCGGAAGAGGCUGCGCACCAGCCCGCGCUUAUCGAUUUGGACGGGGAGAAGGAGACGGCGCUCUCAGUCUUGAAAGGGUUGUUUGGGAAGGAAGUUAAGAGUUUGGAAGAGCGGAUUAAAGCAAAUCGAAGGCUUGGGUUGUUCCGUAAGCUGGAUAUUAAGCCGACUCGUCAACCGAAAAGUAUUCAAGGAGGAGGGAAAGGGCGAAACGUUCGCGCGUCGUCGAAACGAAGGGGGGAUCGCCCGUUAUCCUCCGCAACGGUGAAAGAUUCAGGGAUGAACCCGAGCGUAUAUUUGAAUCUACGUGUUCAUCGAAGAGCUGGUUUGUACCGAAAGCUCGCGACUGUUCCGUCAGAUAAAGAUCCGGAUAUUGCAGAUGAUGCAGCGCAGAGUUAGCGUUUCUUCUGUUAUCUUAACUGUUAACUUCCAGAAAUAAAUACCUUGAGACCUGUUCUUUUAGUCGGGUUUUUG